AUGAUAGAUGUCUAUUUUGAUAAGCCAAGCACAAUCCCAUGCAAGAAAGACUUACUUUCUGAACAAGAUCACCCUACGAACUCGACGCCUGAGGAUUGCGAUGUCUCAAAUGAUCCGGUAGAGACAACGAAUUUUGUGAAAAAUGCUUGGACUUAUCUUGAUUUCAUCGAUUCUUAUUUUUCCAGGAUUGAGAGUGGAUAUCCUACAAUAGCUUUACUUAUGCGCAUCGUGAGGGCAGGUGCUAUCAUCACCCGACAACUUUUAUGUGCUGAUGCUGCAUUUGGAUCUCUUCUCGGAAUUUCAGAUUUCAUUACUCCUACUCAUGAGAAGCUGUUAUUUUGGUUUGGAUUUCCAUUAUACCUAGCAAGCGGUACACUUAGGGACCCUAUUGGGGAUGCACAUAGGUUGCUAUUUGCGCUUGAGAUCGUUUGUGGAAGAGGUCUUCAAAAAUACGGGACUUUGACACCAAUUCUUCUGUUGUCAUUACCUUAUUUUUAUCGAUCCAUAUGGGUUAAUAAUAACGCUCAUUAUGAUAUUUUGGCGGGUAAUGGGGAUGCCGGAGACCUUACAACCCCGAUCAAUGAUUCAUUGAUAUGGCCAAUUCUCGGUAAGUUCCUAAAUCAACACGUUCUAAGCAGGUUGCCGUAUUACAGCAAUUUAUUGGACUCUUGUACAAGGACGCCUGAAGAGGCGCUGUGGUUCGGCAAUAUUUUUGGAUGUUUCCUUUUAUUAAUAUUAAAGGACAGUCUUAUGUGGAUGAUUAUGCGGUCUGAUAGGAUAAGAGGCCAUAUCGGAAUGUAA